AUGACUGAAAUUCUUCCUCGUCUGUUUACAGGUUCUCACUCUAUGUGGGCAUUGGCCACAUUCAUUGUUGGAGAGACACCAUUUCCAGAAUUUACUUCAGUGCUGAUGUUGGAUGACAUUGUUCUGGGGUGUUACAAUUCAGACAUGGGGAAGUUCAUAUUCCGAUUUGGCAAUAAUCCAGAACCUGAACCCCCUGAUCAAGAUGCGGCCAGGUUAUUGUAUGGGGCAUUACACAGUGAAAUGAGGGAUCGGACGUUAUUUCUGAUGCGUCACUUUAACCACACAGAUGGAAUUCACGUGGAGCAGAGAGUAGAUGGCUGUACACUGGAAAACAAUGAGCCAGGACAAAUUAUGCUAAUGAAGGAUGCUUUCAAUGGCCUGAAUGGAUUUGAGAUGGAUUUUAACAUGCAGCAGAAAACUCUCCACUCAGAAUCAAACUGGCCUAUAAUGUGGGGGAAAGUACAGAUAGAACACAGCAAACGGGUUUAUGAAAAGAUUUUACACCCUUUCUGUACUCUUACACUGAGGAGAGCACUGAUAGGUACAAAGUAUUACGUGAGGAGAAAAGUUAAGCCUAGAGUCAGGCUCAUCAAGAAGACUAUCAGAGACUCUGGGGGGAUUCAGGUGACAUGUCUAGCUACUGGUUUUUACCCUCGUCACAUCAACCUGACUCUGUUCAGAGAUGGUCAGCCUGUGUCUGAAGACCAGAUCACUGGAGGGAUACUGUUGCCUAAUGGAGAUGACACCUACCAGAUGAGGAAGAGUGUGGAUGUCAGUGCAGAGGAGCUAAGAGUGAAGCGAAACUACACUUGUAUAGCCACUCACCUAAGUCUGGACAACAAGCUGGACAUCAGUUUUGAAUAUGAGCCUGGCCCACCCAUUGCAUCCAUAGUGUCUUCUGUGCUUGUGGUGCUAUUGGUGUGUCUAAUUGUACUCACGGUAGCCAUCAUCAAAUGGAGGAGAAGACACACUGGUUCCCAGUCAUCCCUUCAGUCUGAAUACACUGCAGCUUCAAGCACAGAAGAACAGGAGACCCCUGCUGAUGCUACAUCUUAA